AUGGCCUCAAAAAAUGUCACUAGACCUUUUCCCGAACGGCAAAAAGAAGCUCUUGGUUCUAAGCAAGCAAUAUUAGCAAAAAAUCAUAGAAAUAUUCCUUCUGAGGUCUCAAAUACAAGCAAGCCCGAGCUGGCUAAUCCCGAACAUUCAGCAGAACCCAUUAAGGUGACAGGGCGGCCAGUGCCUGUCGGAGCUGUAAACCCUGCAAGAUCUCCAAAUAAUUAUAAAGGAUUUGGUGAUUCAGAUAGUCCUGUUAAUCAAGAAAACAGAAUGUCGGAGCAAGAGAGUGUAAAGGGCAUUUCAUUUUCCGUAAAGAUUAGUGAUGGAUCCAGCAGUCUUGCAAAUACGGGCGGAAGUGCAAAAAUUAGUGAUCCCGGGACCUUUUUCGAGAGUGGAAAGAGUAGUAUGUGUCGAGGAAGCACGAGUACUGAUGUUAGUGAUGAAAGCAGUUUUAGCAGUUUCAGUAGCAGUAUCAACAAACCCCAUAAGGCAAAUGAUUUACGAUGGGAAGCCAUCCAAGCGAUCCGGGCCCGGGAUGGUGCCUUGGGUUUGAGUCAUUUCAGAUUGCUGAAGAGAUUAGGUUGUGGAGAUAUUGGGAGUGUUUACUUGGCCGAAUUGAGUGGAACAAAUUGUUAUUUUGCAAUGAAAGUUAUGGAUAAGGCAUCUCUAGCAAGUCGUAAGAAGCUUCUUCGUGCUCAGACGGAACGAGAGAUACUACAGUCCCUGGAUCAUCCAUUCCUUCCAACUCUGUAUGCGCACUUUGAGACUGAUAAGUUUUCGUGUCUGGUGAUGGAAUUCUGCCCCGGAGGAGACCUUCACUCUCUUAGACAGAGACAACCCGGAAAAUACUUUUCUGAACAAGUAGUGAAAUUUUAUGUUGCAGAAGUCCUGCUUGCUAUGGAAUAUUUACACAUGUUUGGUAUCGUCUAUCGUGACCUUAAGCCAGAGAAUAUCCUGGUGAGGGACGAUGGGCACAUAAUGCUCUCAGACUUUGAUCUUUCACUUCGCUGUGCUGUCAGUCCCACACUGGUCAAGACCUCGUCCUUGGAGUCGGAACCUGUGCAAAAAAGUUCUGGAUAUUGCAUCCGGCCAGCGUGCAUUGAACCUGCCUGCAUUCAGCCAUCAUGUGUUGUUCCAACAACGUGCUUCUCUCCUCGUCUCUUUUCGAGCAAAUCUAAAAAGGAUAGGAAGCCAAAACACGAAAUUGGAAACCAAGUUACACCGUUGCCUGAGCUGGUUGCUGAACCAACCAAUGCUCGGUCGAUGUCUUUUGUAGGAACUCACGAGUAUCUGGCUCCCGAGAUUAUCAAAAAUGAAGGUCAUGGAAGUGCAGUAGACUGGUGGACAUUUGGGAUCUUUCUAUAUGAACUUUUGUUUGGUAAAACUCCAUUUAAAGGUUCUAAUAAUCGUGCCACAUUAUUCAACGUUGUUGGACAGCCUCUUCGAUUCCCAGAAUCACCCAUUGUCAGUUUCGCUGCUCGGGAUCUAAUUAGGGGUUUGCUUGUGAAAGAACCACAUAAUAGGUUGGCUUAUAAAAGAGGUGCAACCGAGAUUAAGCAACACCCUUUCUUCGAAGGAGUGAAUUGGGCAUUGAUACGGUGUGCCACUCCUCCUGAGAUCCCAAAGCCUGUAGAAUUCGAGAAAUUAACUGUUCCAGCAGUAUCAGUCAAUGAAAAGGCUACUGUCGCUGCAAAUAUCCCAGAUCAAAAAGCCUAUAAAUAUCUCGAGUUCGACUUUUUCUAG